AUGGCCAACAAACAGGGUAAAAUGCAAAAUCUGAUCAAUUAUCGCAUGCGUGUAACGUUGAACGAUGGUCGACAGAUGACAGGACAGAUGCUUGCAUUCGAUAAGCACAUGAACCUCGUACUCGCCGACACAGAAGAGUUCCGUAAAGUCAAGCGCAAGCAAAACCGACCAUCUGCGCCUGCAGCACCCGGCUCAGCAGCAGCGACCGUCGAAUCCGAAGAGAAGCGAACAUUAGGACUGCUGAUCUUGAGAGGAACAAAUAUCGUCAGCUGCAGCGUCGAAGGCCCUCCACCGUCUGACCCGUCGUCACGUCUUGGCCAGUCCGCACCUGGAGGUGCUCCGGCGACUCUACAAGCAGGAACGGGUAUAUCAAGGCCAGCGGGACGAGGGUUGCCAGUCGGCUUAGGCGGCCCAGCAGCUGGUGUUGGUGGUCCGGCUCCCCCAGGAGGUUUUGGAUUCCCGCCUGGUGGAUUUCCAGGCGGCGCACCCCCGCCAGGAUUUGGAGGAAGAGGAGGACCAGGUGUACCUGCGGCAGGUGGUCCGCCGCCGGGCUUUGGAGGACCCCCGCCAGGAUUCGGUGGUCCGCCAGGUGGCCCUCCUGCUGGAUUUCAGCCGCCGCCGGGCUUUCAAGGUGGACCUCCGGGACAAGGAAGAGGCUUCCCACCACCAGGCUUUGGAGGUCGCUAG